GCACCGGGACCGGCACUACACUUCCCGGCAGCUUCUGAACCUCCCGGGGCGGGGCUCGGGGCUGGGAGGGCUCUUUCGCACCGGGGCAGCCGGGCAGGAGCCACCCGCCGUGGAGAGGAGCCGCGAUCCGGCCCCUCCGCCGCCCAUCCCCCGUCCGCACAGCCGCCUGCUGCUCGCUCGAAGGGGCGGGCCGAGCCCUGGGGGGCGCCGCCGAUUGGCUGAUACGGGGACCCCUCUUUCUGCCAGCCAAUAGACGCGCGGGACACUGCGCCGCGGGUGAAGGCGGGAGAGGGCCCUGUGACAGCAAGAGUGAACUCAGCCCCCUCCUUUGGGCCGUGGUUUCUAGAACAACCCUUUCCAAGUGCUCUUUACCCCUGCAGGGACUCCUGCUGCAGCUGCCUGCUCGCAGAGAGCAGGAUGUUCCUGGUGGGGCUCUCGGGUGGAAUCGCCUCGGGGAAGAGCACCGUGGUGGCCGUGCUGCGGGAGCUGGGCUGUGCCGUGAUCGAUGCCGAUGUCAUUGCCAGAGAGGUGGUGCAGCCUCACUUCAAGGCCUAUCAGCAGAUUGUGAGCUCCUUUGGCACUGAGAUCCUCCUGGAGAACGGGGAGAUAAACCGCGAGGCUCUAGGGAACAUCAUCUUCUCCCAGCCAGAGAAGCGGCAGCUGCUGAACUCCAUCACCCACCCUGAGAUCCAGAAGGAGAUGCUGAAGCAGAUCUUGAAGUACUUUGUGCUAGGGUACCGCUACGUCAUCCUUGACAUCCCUCUGCUCUUUGAGACCAACAGGCUCACCAAGUUCAUGAAAUACACUGUCCUGGUCUACUGCGACCCGCCGACGCAGCUGGCGCGGCUGAUGCGCAGGAACGGGCUGGCGCGGGCGGCGGCCGAGGCUCGCCUGGCUGCCCAGCUGCCGCUGGAGGAGAAGCGCAGGUUGGCAACCUUCGUCAUCGACAACUCCGGGGAGCGGGAGGGCACCCGGCGGCAGGUGCUGCGCCUGCACGCCCGCCUGGAGGGCUCCCUGCACUUCCUCUGGGCGCGCCUGGCGGCGGGCGUGCUCCUGGCCGGCCUCCCGGGGCUGGGCUACCUCCUGCUCCGGCGUCUCCUCUCUUAGCUCACCUUUUCUUUUUGUCACGGAAGAGGCCUGAAUUUCCAGGUUUGAAAAGGGCAGUGAAAGGCCACCUCUUGUAAUGAGCUUUGCCAGCUGAAUGCAGACAGCAGGAUGAGGCUUCUCCUUGCAGGCUUCCCAAGGUGAACAGCCAGAGGUUUUUUUAAUCCAGCACCGCCUCCCCUCUCCUUUCUUCCUGCUCAGUUUCUUCCCCACCAGCUGUGCCUCUGGCAUAGAACAGCUCCUGUUGCACGGCUGCAGCUCGUGGAGGGGACAGAGCAGCCCAAAAUCUCCCAGCACAGUGGAGGUCCUCCAGAGAUCACCCAGACCAACCCCUCUGCUAAAACAGGGCACCCACAGCAGCUUGCCCAGGAGCACAGUGGCUGCGGCAGCUGGAAGCUCUCCACAGAAAGAGACUUCAGAACCUCUCUGGGCAGCCUGCUUCAGGCCUCCAGCACCCUCGAAGUCCAAAAGCAUCUCCUGGGUUCCAGUUUGUGCCUUUCCCUGGGCAUCACCAACAAGAGUGGCCUCAGCCUCUUGCUUCCCACCUUUUUGCUCUUGCUGAGCACUAAGAUUCCCUCUCAGGCUGCUCUUCUCCAGGCUCUCAGGCUUUCCUCCUCACCACUCCAGGCCACUCAGCAUCUUUGGAGCCUCUGCUGGACUCUCCAGUAGUUCCCUGUCUCUCUUGCUCUGGGGAGCCCAGAACUGGACCCAGUUCUCAGUAAGGCAGACUACAGUGGGAGGAGAACCUCCCUUGACCUGCUCAUACCCUGUUUUAUGCACCCCAGGAGACCAUUGGCCCCACUGUCCCUCGUGGGUUUCUGUGGAGUGACUUGGGUGAACUUAGGCAUGUUAGUGUCUCCCAGGACAAUCUCUUCACUGGGGAGUAGGUAGCCUCUCAGGUCCUCUUUCUACUGGCAGCUGGCCUCAGGUUGAUCCUCUCCCAGCUACAGCCACUCUGAAUUCCAAUGUGCAAUUCCCCCUUCUGAUAUAGUGGGAAAGCUGCUCGGGGUGGGGGGAAGGCAGCACCUCAGCUGCCAGGGUUUAGGUGUUCAGCUGGCUGCUCACCCUCCCUCCUGCCCUCUAAUCUCUUCCAUCAUCACCGGCGGUCUGACACAGCCCCGGAGUAGACUCAGACCUGCCUUGUUGAGGCUCAUUUAGUGCCGGUAGCUUUCCGAGCCCCGUGGGGGCCAGGCGGGCGCGGGCUGUUCCCGUUUGUUUUAAUAAAGCAGGGAGCAGCGGGCGGCUCCCCGCGGCCCCCAGCCUGCCGCCGCCGCUCCUGCCUGCCCCGCUCCAGCUCUUUGCGAUGCCGCCGCACGGCCGCGCUCGGUAAAGUUCACGGCGCGCAGGCAGAGCUGCCGAGCGUGCUCCUGCUUCUCCCCAGCCCAGAUAAGCUCCCAGGGAGCUCCUUGAAGCAUCAGCCCCUGCCAUGAGCUUGCUUGGAGGAGGGUGGGGAGGUGCUGGCUUGGCGUUGGCUUUGGGCACACCACAGCAUGGGUCUGGCAUCCUGGGAUGUGACCCUGAUCUCCUGUGGUCAGUGCUUACCCGGAGGAGAGCUGUGUCAUCUUGCGUCCUGCUGCCACCCCCUGUCGUGGCACUCCGAAAGAGGCAGCUGUUGCCCACCGCCGUGCAUGGUGGUCCCUGAGUGCUCCUGGGUUCUUGGGCUACGACUCGCCUGCCUCCUCUCCCGCCUGGCCCUGUUGGCCCAGCAGACUGAGAUGCGGCAGAACAAAGCCGUGUCACUGUCCCCAGCACCAGCUUUUAGGGAUGAAGACCUUUCCCGGGGUGUUGGUCCUGCCCAGCCAGCUCAUGCCUCUCUCUGGUGCUGGGUAUCCUUCCCACCCCCUUCCUCUACCCUCCUCUGUGCCCAGCUUUUUGCUCUGGGGUUCCCAUUCCUUACUUUGGGGUCCCUGAGAGAGCAUCCCCAAGCUGGGACACCCAUCCUGCAUACCCUAAAGUCUCAGGUCGUGCAGGGGGGAGCCAUACCGAAGCAAUACCCACCCCUCCCCCGCCUCCCCCAGCCCCCUCCCGCCCCCUCCCC